AUGCAGAAUUCGAUUGCACUCACGCGCAGUCGUCGUCCUGGCGCCGGCUCACGCAUGGCACGAUUGCUAAACGAGGAAGAAGAGGAUGAAUUUUACACGAGCACUUACGGCGGUUUCACAGAGGAAGCUGAUGACGUAGACUACGAGUCUGAAAGCUCCGUCCAAGAUUCAAUUGAUUCCGACUUUGUUGAAACAGAGGACGACGAGGAAGAUGACUCUGCUGCCGGAUCGGAUGAUGAGGGUGCGAAACAUCGACGUACCAGACGAGUCAUCACAAAAAGUUACAAGGUGAGCACACAGCGGAGAUUGCUGCUUUAA